AUGGAUAUACGCCGCCGGCGCCGUCUAGAUGCUCAGAUGCUCAACUACGCUUGGGAAGAUGCUUCUGAUCAAGCCUUUGCCUUUGUACUACAGCUCAAUACGACCGAGAAAAUUGGCAUCGCUACCGGCGGCUAUCGCACAGACGGACCGGCUUGUGUUGGCACAAUUGGGAAAGUCGAAAGGCUCGGAUUCCAGGGAAUAUGCUUUUCCGAUGGCCCUUCUGGAUAUGCCAGGUCAGAUGGUGUGAGCGUCUUCUCCUCUGGCCUUACUGCAGCUGCUAGUUGGGAUAAACGCCUUAUCUAUGAACGUUCCGUUGCCAUUGGAGAAGAGUUUAGGGCCAAAGGUGCUCACGUAUUUCUUGGACCAUCCUGUGGUCCUAUGGGCCGUAGUGCUCUUGGCGGGCGAAACUGGGAGGGUUUCGGCCCCGACCCUUAUCUCUCUGGCGUCGCCAUGCAUGCUUCCGUCUCUGGUAUACAAUCUGUUGGUGUACAAGCGUGCUCGAAGCAUUUCAUUGGCAACGAACAGGAAACACAGCGCACCAAGACCACUGAGGAGGAUGGAACCGUCGUCAAUGCUCUGAGCUCCAACAUUGACGAACGUACAUUACAUGAGAUGUACCUUUGGCCUUUUGCUGACGCUGUUAAAGCCGGUACUGCCAGCGUCAUGUGCUCCUACAACCGAGUGAAUCAAACUUAUUCCUGUGCGAACCAUCACUUGCUCUCGGUACUGAAGGACGACCUCGCAUUUCCGGGAUACGUCGUUUCUGACUGGUUUGCGACACAUGGCACAGCCUCCUUCGCCAACGCAGGGCUCGACCUCGAGAUGCCAGGACCUGUCAGCGCCGACUAUGGUGCCUCGUAUUUUGGCGAUCACCUUCUCGACGCGGUCAACGAUGACAAUGUGACAGCAAGUCGCCUCAAUGAUAUGGCUGAGAGAGUCCUGACGCCAUACUUCUUUCUACAUCAGAAUGAGGAUUUCCCUGCCCUGGAUCCUGCUUCCGCCACUGCCCUCAGUGUCAAUCAAUUUGGUUACAACAACCCUCAGUACUCAAUCAAGCCCGUACCUGCACGCGAUGUUAGAGGCGAUCACGCCAAGGUUAUCCGGGAAUUGGGUGCCGCUGCCACUGUGCUGCUCAAGAAUACUAAUGGAACACUGCCUCUGAAGAACGAAAAUGACAUCGGUGUCUUCGGAAAUGGAGCACCAUACCCAACCAUCGGAUCCGUCUAUUUUGAUUAUGAGAACGCGUCUAUAUCCUAUGAAAUGGGCACUCUCGACCAGGGUGGCGGUUCUGGCAUAGUCCGCCACACCGAACUUAUCACCCCGCUGGACGCAAUUCGAGAACGUGUGCGAAAACAGAGUGGCCGGGUCCAGGUCCUUCUGGAACAUCAGGACAUCAUUGAGGGCAAUUUCAGGUCCAUCUACCCGAUCACUGAUGUCUGUCUGGUCUUCCUAAAGGCAUUUGCGGCAGAGGGCCGGGAUAGAGAGUCGCUGGACCUUGAUUGGAAUGCCACCAAGGUCGUCGAGAGCGUUACGUCCUUGUGCUCUAAUACUGUUGUUGUUGUCAACGGUCCAGGUGUAGUCUUGAUGCCCUGGGCUGACAACGAGAAUGUGACGGCUAUUCUGUCAACCCAGUACCCUGGAGAAGAAAUCGGUAACUCUAUCGUGGAUGUUCUCUGGGGUGAGGCGGAACCCGCCGGCCGUUUACCAUACACUAUCCCCAAGAAUACGAGCGACUAUGGCGGACCAGUCUUCAACCUAACUGAGCCAUCCACCAACCCUGAUGAGUGGUCAGCUGAUUACACAGAAGGUCAAUUUAUAGAUUACCGACACUUUGACGCCAUGGACAUUGAGCCUCAGUAUGAGUUCGGGUUUGGCCUGUCGUACACCACCUUUGAAAUGUCGACAGAACUCACUGUUGUUGUAGCUGUCGGUAUUGGAACUCAUGUAGAUGAGUCCAAAGGCAAGGUGCGCAACACUGGUGACAGGGACGGACAUGCAGUGCCUCAGUUAUAUGUGUCGUUCCCCCAAGACGCAACCCCACCUGGUACCAAAGUGCGAGUUCUUAGGGGUUUUGAAAAGGUGCAUCUCAAGGCUGGAGAGGCCAAGAGGGUUGUUCUCCCUCUCCAGAGAAGGGACCUUAGUUUCUGGGAUGAGGCUACUCGCCAAUGGGUCAUCCCCGAGGGUACCUUUACCUUUUCUGGUGGAUUCAGUUCUCGUGAUCUCCGAGCCAAGACUGAGACAUCUGUCUUAGGGUGGAAUUGUAUCAGGAGACAACUUACAACGAGGUGGUAA